CUUUAAAGGAGCUUAUAAUUGUUUAUCUUACAAUUUUUUAACUAAUGGAUUAUCAAAGAGCUUUUAAAUGGACGUAUAAUAGUUGUAUGGUUUUAAUUAUUCUAUGUGCACGCUUUACAAACGCAUCCAGAUUUGAGAGUACUUCUGAUUUGGAAUAUUCUAAAACUUGGUCAAGAAUAAGACAAGCGUACAACCCAUUUUUGCGACCAAAUUUUACAGGCAACGUCACCAGCGUAGUCAUGUCUUUAACAAUUCUUCAGUUUGACAGUCUUAAUGAUGACGAAAAGAGCUUCAAGACGGAUAUGUACCUACGUCAACUAUGGGUUGACUAUAGAGCUGCUCACAAUCUAAGUACUGUUCUAAUACCAGUAAUUGGAAAAAAGCAUCCAUCCUCUUAUAUAUGGGUACCGGACACAGUUUUUAGUGGUAUGCUAGGUGGGCAUAUACAUACAAUGACAGUUGGAAACCAUAAACUUGAUAUAUAUCCGAAUGGCACCAUUUUUUGGGGAUGUAGAAUUACACUUAAAUCAUACUGUUUGUUUAAUUUGCGUAAUUAUCCUAUGGAUACACAACGAUGUGAAGUAGGAAUAGAAAGCUAUGCUUAUGACAACCGCCAUAUAAAUUACAUUUGGGACAAAAACCAUCCUGUUAUACUACAUCUUCUUGAACUUCCCCAACACACUGUGCAAGUAGAAAAUACAUCAAGGUAUUUGAAAUACUACAGUUUUUCAUCAAACAAAGAAGGUGAAUACACAUUUUUGAAAUUCGAUGCUGUAUUUAUAAGAAGAGUUCAAGCCUACAUACUUCAAGCAUACUUUCCUUCUGCUUCCCUUGUUGUAGUGUCUUGGAUAUCAUUUUGGUUUCAUACAAAUUGUGCAGUAGCAAGAAUGAGUUUUGGAAUCGUUAGUCUGCUUACAACAUAUAGGCUGUGGGAAGUUGUUAUAAAAAGUACGCCAAAAAUAAAUUAUACAACUGCACUUGAUAUUUACAUGUUGGGGUGUAUAACUUUUAUUUGUUUUUCGUUGUUGGAGUAUGGUCUAGCGACAAAUUUUCAUUUUUCUCGUUGGAAAAAAAAACGAUCAACUCAUUUGUUGAAUAGCUUAAACAAACGUCGUGAAACAUUAAACCAAGUUGAUUUAAGAGUGUCAUUUUCGAAUAGCUUGAAAAAUAAACAACCAUUGUUUUAUCUGGAAAGUUCUGAUACUAAAGCAACACAUCCCGAAGGCGUGGACUUAUAUAACAAUCUCGGAAAAGCGAAUAUCCGCAAAAUGUCUAAACAAGAGCAAAAAUUGAAACUGAAAGAAGAAUAUUUAAGUAUGUGGAAAAGUGAUCUUCCAAAAAAACGCCCUUAUUAUUUUGAACCCAUGAUGGUGACAGGAAAACCAGCAUCUUUAGAUAUAGCUAGCCGGUUUUUGUUUCCGUUUGGUUUUCUUUGCUUUAAUGUUGUGUAUUGGGCAUAUUUUUUACAAAAAACAUAAAAAAAGCUGAGUUCUACUAACUUUUUAUAAGUUUUAGGAUUUUUAAAAAAAUAUCAAUUACGAAAAAAAUA